AACACUCAUGGACAUCAAAUCGACUCUACACUAAAAAGUGUUCGCGCUUGUACGCUUGUUCGUUUCGCAUUGAGUUUGAGAAUUAUGUGCCUGGCUUACAUGUUCGUCAUCGUCACUUUUAUAUUGAAAGUUAACUUGUACAUUUGAAAGAAUACGGACAGCGAGUUGUUGAGAAAAACAAAAUACAAAAAUAUUUUUGUUUUUUUAUUACAAAAACAAAAUUAAAGUUUUUAAAAUGUUAUCUGAUGGAAACAUACAUAAAUAAUAAUAAUAUAUUAACUACCUCUUGUUGAAUAAUAAAGAAAAAAUAUUAAAUAGAACAAAAAAGAAAAAAAAAAUAACCUAAAUGUGUAAACUUAAAGACUUGUAAGAAAAUACUUUAAUAUAUAUACAAACAAAUAUUUUUUAUACAAAUACAAUACAAAAUUGUGAAAAGUGCAUACAUAAAACAAAAAACUCAAGAAACAAUUCACCAGAUAGCUACUUAAAAGAGCCAUUCAAGAAUAAAAUAGAUAAGGAUUUUUUUAAUUAUAAAAUUAUCUUUUCAUCAUCAAUUUUCAAGAGACAGAGAGUAAGAAUAUAACCCCAGAAAAUAGUAAUUAAUAUACACAACACAAGAGAUUUCCCAUUAUUUGUGGUGGGUAUCAGUAUAUAAAGAAAUUUGUAGGGUUGCAAAAACCAAAAAAGGGAAACAACAACAAAAACUGCUUGCUUUUGAAAGCAACAGCAGCAGCGAGCAACACAACACGAACUACGGAGCACAAACACAAUAGAGAAGAAAAAUAUAGUAACAACAAAAACCCAGUACCAGUGCCAGUCCCAGAAGCAUACAACCAAUAAAAAAUAAAUUAAAACUCCAUCUGGCGAAAAAGAGAAAACCUUAUCGACCUUAUUUUGCAGCGUUGUCAGGAGGUAAAGAGGGAGAAAAACAUAGUCUGCAUAGGGCUGUAUAUACACAAACACAUCUGUAAAUUGGAAGUCGAUUGAGUAAAAAUAUAAAACACGAACAGUUGGGUUUAUAGCAGUAGAAAGGCGAAAAAAAGCGACCGUUGUUUUUUGUUGUAUUAUUUCUUAUACACCAAUUUUGUUUCGUGAGCUCUGUGCAGCUGUCUGCCUGAAAGUAUUUAAUUCUUAUUCUCCCCGAAACUAAAGUAAAAAUCAACAAAUCUAUAUUAAAAGAUUGACAAUAAAGUUAAAAAGUAAUUUUAUACACUUCAAAUAUAAAAAAGUAUUCUAUAUUUCGACAAAAUGACGUCUGGCAAGGAUACCGCGUCGUUUUUCGCACAUGGUAACACAAAACAAUUUGAGUUUUGUUAUAAAUUGUAUCCACAAGUCCUCAAACUAAAAGCCGAAAAACGCAACAAAAAACCAGAAGAACUAAUUCGACUCGAUCAUUGGUACCAAAAUGAUCUUCCAAAAACAAUCAAACAACGGGGGAAAGAUGCGCACAUGGUUCAUGAGGAACUUGUUCAAACAAUGAAAUGGAAGCAAGCGCGUGGGAAAUUUUAUCCACAACUAUCGUAUUUGGUCAAAGUUAAUACACCACGCGCUGUUAUGCAAGAGACUAAAAAAGCAUUUAGAAAACUACCAAACUUAGAACAAGCUAUAACAGCCCUUUCAAAUUUGAAAGGUGUUGGCACUACAAUGGCAUCCGCUUUAUUAGCAGCUGCUGCACCAGAUAGUGCGCCUUUUAUGGCCGAUGAAUGUCUAAUGGCAAUUCCAGAAAUCGAAGGUAUUGACUAUACAACAAAAGAAUACCUUAAUUUCGUACAACAUAUUCAGACGACGGUACAGAGAUUAAAUUCAGAAAGAGAUAGUAACUCAUCUUGGUCCCCACAUAGGGUUGAAUUAGCGUUGUGGGCACAUUAUGUUGCAUCUGAUUUAGAUCCAAAUCUACUCGAUGAAAUGCCAGAUGGCACAAAUUUAGCCAAGGUUCUUGCUUUAAAUGGCACCACGUCCACAGUAACAUCAACAACAACAGACAAUGAAGCCGAUGAAAACUCAGUAUCAAAUGAUUCCGUUUCCCAGGAACGCAUCGAUAAUACAACACAAACGACAACCAAUACAGAUGACGGGACAACACCACCGUCAAAUCAAUUCGAACCAUCUGAUGAAAGUAACUUGGAACCUCCAUCGGCACCAGCUAAUGGGAAAAAUAACGGAAAUGGUGUUAUUGAUAGUUUGGAUGAAAGCAGUUCCAGAUCAGAAGACAGCAUGGAAAAACCAGUAACCCCAAUGAUUGCAAAUGAUGAGACAAAUGACAGUGACACAACACUGAGCAGUGGCAAAAGAUCUCUAAACUGUGAAAGCUCGGAGGAUCAGAAUAGUCAGCCGGAGAUUAAAAAGAUACGAAGUGAUUAGAUUUUGCAUCAAAAUUAAAUUUAAAAAAAAAUACAAAUAAAAAUAAAAAUCAAUAAGUAAAUGAUCUAUGAGAGUGCUGAGUGCAUAUAAACGUCUUUCAUCACCAAGCAAGUAAAACAAAUUAGAAUUAAAAAAGUAUAAACUUUGAAUACUGAUACCACACUGCAGCGAAAAAACAUCUACUUUUUUAUUUAAAUGUUUUCGUUUGGCAAACAAAAUGUAUUUUCCAUCUUUUAAAUUCCAUAAUAAUUAAACAAAACAAAAACAUUAUAUAUUUUAGUACGUAAUCGAAAAAAAAGUUAAUUAUAAUUUACAAGCAGGAAAAGAAAAAGAUUCCAAUAAAAAACAAAAACAAAUUGGCGACUAAAAAAAAAGAGACCAAGAAAGAAGAAAACAGUUGAGAAAAAACGAAACAAAAAAAGAAACACCAAGCAAGUGUACAAUUUAAUAUGAAAUAAAAAACUGCUAAAAUUACUUUAAAAUCAUUAAACCUAGAAAUAAAACAACCACUAAAUGAAUAUAAAACAAAAAAUUAUAACACCAGAAGCGGAAUCUACGAAUAUUAUUUUUAAAUUAUUUAUUAGUCAAAUACAUCUAAACAAUGAUAUCAAAUUUAUAUUAAAACAAAAAAAAAAAAAGAUUAAAAGAAAACAAACUUCGGACGAUGUUUAGCUGUAUAACAAAAAAAAAAUAUACAGUCUUAUAAUAUUUUGAAAACAAAACAAACAAGAUGUAGGAUAAAUAUAUACAUAUAUAUAAUUAAUUUUUCCUUCUAUUUAAUUUAACCCUCACAA